AUGACGUCUAGUCAGCUGAUAAUAUGAAGUUGACUGUGGUCAUCUGUCAGGACGCCAUUGUUAUUGUGAAAAUUUUGUUGUGAAGUACAGUAUUCUUUGUCUGUCUGUCUAGUUUAUAUUAUCGUGUAUUUAAUAUUAAGAAAAAUUAUACGUGUGAAUGUAUUUAAUACAUUAAGAAGAAAGAAAACGUGCUAAUGGGUCUUAUUUGUUCCACAGCACAGCUUGCUUGCCUUUGUGGGAGCACAGCUUGCAGUUUCUGUUGUUCUCAAUGUCCAACAUGUCGUAACAGUACAAGUACUCGUAUUAUGUAUGCAUUAUUAUUAAUGCUAGGAACAAUUGCUGCUUGCAUUACAUUGGCUCCUGGUUUACAGGAUGCACUUAAAAAGGUUCCAUUUUGUAGCAAUAGUUCGAAUUAUGUAGUAUCAAAAUUCACUGUUGAUUGUGAAUCUGCUGUUGGUUACUUAGCAGUAUAUAGAAUAUGUUUUAUUAUAGCUCUUUAUUUUUUCUUAAUGUCAAUCAUAAUGAUAAGAGUGAGAAGUUCCAGAGAUCCUCGAGCUCCUAUACAAAAUGGAUUUUGGGCUAUUAAAUAUCUUUUAAUAAUUGGUGGAAUAAUUGGUGCUUUCUUUAUUCCUGAAAAAUCAUUUGGAACAACAUGGAUGUAUUUUGGAAUGAUAGGUGGUUUUCUUUUUAUUAUUAUUCAAUUAAUUCUUAUUGUUGAUUUUGCCCAUUCCUGGGCAGAUGCUUGGGUAGGAAAUUACGAAGAAACUGAAUCAAAAGGAUGGUAUGCUGCACUUUUAGGAGCAACAUUAUUUAAUUAUAUUGUUUCUAUUACUGGAAUUGUUUUACUCUUUAUAUAUUUUACACAUGCCAAUAGUUGUGAUUUGAACAAAUUUUUCAUAUCUUUCAAUCUGAUUUUGUGUGUGAUUGCUAGUAUUAUAUCAACUCUUCCAAAUGUACAAGAAUAUAAUCCUCGAUCUGGUCUUCUUCAAUCAUCUGUUGUAUCAUUGUAUGUAGUUUAUUUAACUUGGAGUGGAAUUUCAAAUAGUCCAGAUCAUGAAUGCAAUCCUGGAUUUUUAGAAAUAAUUUUAAAUGAUGCUGAUUCACGAAAUCGUGUUGCUUUUGACAAAGAAAGUAUUAUUGGUUUAAUUAUUUGGUUUAGUUGUGUACUAUAUAGUUCUUUACGUACUGCAUCUAAAUCAUCAAAGAUUACAAUGUCUGAAAACAUUUUAGUUAAGGAUAAUGGAGCUGUCAGGAAUGCAGGAGACCAGAAUCUUAUCGACAAUGAAGAUUAUACUCCGGUAGAAGGUCGCAAUGCUGAUUCAGAAACUGGAAAUGAAGCUAAAGUUUGGGAUAAUGAAGAAGAUUCUGUAGCUUAUAAUUGGAGUUUCUUUCAUCUAAUGUUUGCUCUUGCUACUUUAUAUGUUAUGAUGACACUUACUAAUUGGUAUCAACCAAAUUCCAAUUUGGAUACAUUGAAUGCCAAUACUGCUUCAAUGUGGGUGAAAAUAAUAUCUUCUUGGAUGUGCUUAGGAUUGUAUAUUUGGUCAUUAAUAGCUCCAGCAGUAUUAAAAAAUCGAGAUUUUUCUUAAAUAUAUUUUCAUGUCAAAAGUGGUAAUUAGCAGUUUUUGCAAUACCUGCGUAGUUAUAAAAUGUUCAUCUAUAGAAAAUAAGACUUUGUAAGUAUCAUUUGAUACAUUGUUAUUUUAUUCAAUAUUUUUAAGUUAAUAUUUUUUUUCGAAUAUCGUAUCAUAGAUAAUACAUUUUUAUAUAAAUAUAUAUUAAAUAAAAAACAAUAAUUCAAUAAUUUAUAAACUUUGUUCAAAAAAAAAAUUUUUAGCUUUAUUAGUGAAAUAAUGAUUAUUUUAAAAUGAUAUAUAAUUAAAAUAUAAAUUAUGUCUUAUAUAUAUAUAUUUUAUAUAUUUAAGAUACAAUUUAUAUAUUCUUGAUAAAUUUUAGUUAAAAUUAACUUUAAAAAUAAUGUAUAAUAUCACAUUAAAAUAUAAUUAAAUUCUAUAUAUGCAUGUAUAUAUAUUUAUGAAUUUAAUAUCGUAUUUUACAUUUAAUAACUUUAAUGUGAUAAUAAUUGUACACAGAAAUAUUAUUUUUUAAACAUAUUCUUUAUUAUAAUUAAAGUAAUAAAGAAAUUAAAUUCAAAAAAUUUAAUAAA